CUGAACACGCCUUUCAUGUGGGAGGAAACCUGUUAAGGGGAAGAGACUAUAACACAGAGAAACCACGUCCAUUGCCAGGAAACAUUUACUUACUUGCCGAAGCUGUUCACUUGCUUGCAAUUUCAAGUGACAAAUUUGUCCUUUUGUUCAGCUGAGCUGCAUACAGAGAAAGGAUCUGUGUCAUGGGAGCUAAUAGUAAUGCAAGCUUGGUUCUGUUGUGUUGUGCUCUCAUGAAAAUGCAGGAGUUGACAUGAGAACAUUUUUGAAACUGAUGCAUUGUGGAAGAAGGCUGUCAGUGGAUAUGCAAGAGGGAGUCCAAGACAAGGGAAAUUCUUCUCCCUGAAAGGAUUGAAGUGACUGGACCACACAAUUUGGAGUCCAUGGCACGGUGCAGGUGUAGCGGAAGGGCCUUGUGCCUUUGUCUACUUCCAUUUUUGAUGAUGAGUCAUCUCUUGGUGUAUAUUAUGGUGACCAUAUUUGUCGCUAUGUCCUACACACCCGAGCCUCAGCCUCUGCCUCUUCAUUUCAUAGCUCCUGGAGCAUCGUUGAACUCUGGAGCUCUUGCAUCACAUCCACUUAAUGCCUUCUGGAACCUGCGUUUGGUGGAGGGGGCUUUGUGGAACCGCCUUCAGCACCUCAAGGACAGAGAAAACAAUCCCAUAUUGAGAGGUAACACCACAGGAGGCAGGGGAUCAGGCACUGAAAGUACCAACAGGCAUGGAAAUGAUGGUUCUCCUCCAUGUAAACCUGAUCAUCUCUGGGCAUCUCAACUGCCUGAUUUUAACACUAUGCCUGAGCAGAUGAAGGACUUUGUCUUGUCCAUGCAUUGUCGGAACUAUACCCUCCUGAUGAACCAGCCUGACCUGUGUCAUGGACAAGAUACCAAGACAGAGGCCCCUAUGCUAUUUAUGGCAAUCAAGUCCCAGGUGGGAAACUUUGAAAACAGGCAGGCCAUUAGGGAGACAUGGGGGAAGACUGGCUGGGUACAGGAAGAGGCAGGGGGAGAAAUGUGGCAGGUGCGCACUGUCUUCCUGCUUGGAAGGCAGGACAUAUCAACAGGACCCCAUCCGGACCUUGAGGCACUUUUACAGCUAGAGAACAGUCUUCAUAAGGACAUCCUGCAGUGGGAUUUCAGAGACACUUUCUUUAACCUCACCUUGAAGGACGUGCUUUUCUGGAACUGGCUAUCCGUGCACUGCCCACAGGCCCACUUCAUCUUCAAAGGAGAUGAUGAUGUUUUUGUUAGGACUGGUGCUCUCUUAGACUACUUAAAAGGACAUCAUGCUCCUCUACAAGGGACAAAUAUGAAAGUAAAGGAUGAUUUCCUUGUAGGAGAUGUGAUUACUAAUGCUUGGCCCAGUCGCCAGCCCACAGCUAAAUAUUACAUACCUGAGAGUUUUUAUAAAGGCGUGUACCCAACAUAUGCAGGUGGAGGAGGAGUGGUGUACUCUGCCGCUCUGGCCAUGCGACUGCGAGUAGUCUCACACUGGGUCAGUUUGUUCCCCAUUGAUGAUGUGUACAUGGGGAUGUGUCUCCAGAGACUGGGUGUUUCUCCUACUCAUCAUUCUGGGUUUUUGACCUUCGAUCUACCCGAGGCCAAGAGAGAGAAGCCGUGUGCUUACCGCAAAGUACUACUGGUGCAUAAGCGCAGCCCCAAAGAGAUGCUUACACUGUGGAGAGACCUAAAGGCUCCACUUGCUGAGUGCUAGUGCAGAGACAGGAGGGUAAUGGAAAGACUUUCUCUGAUUUGUAUAUUAUAUACCACGUAUAAAAAGCCAUGUCUUUCUAAAAACAAGCCAGAUUUGAAUAGCUACCUUCAGGUAUUUUAAUAUCAGUGGAGUGUAAUUAUUUGCAUAAUAAAUAGUUCACUCUGUGGUCUGUUUGGUUUGAUUAUUAAUGCUGGUUACUGAAGUCAUUAUGCAUGAGUACUGUGUCAUGAUAGAAUGAACUAUUUUUGUUUAUUGUAAUGAAAAUUUUCAAUUUGUCUGUUGUACUUUAUUGUGCAUAUAUUUAAAAUCAAUUUAUUCCUGAAAAACAAGCUGUAGAUUUAUGCACAAAAGGUUUAUUUUGAUAAAAAAUGUGUUUGGUUUAUCACAUAAUUGCAAAUUAUGCAGUUUUGCAUUUUCCAUGUGGAUAAAAGUUUCAUGUUUUAUUGAUAUUGUUUGAAUUCUUCACUUUAUAAAAAGUCCUCUUGUUCUGAGACAUGGUAAGAUUCCCUGCCAACCACUGCAGUAACGAACCAGAAAUCCUGAAACUGCAAUGUCAGCAUGGUACAAUAUCAACCCACUUCUGCCUUUUAUUAUGGGUUAUAUACUCAUAUAUUGUAAAGGCAUUUGUAGCAAGUUUUUUAUAUAAUAACUAAAAUGUACCAGACUAAAGUUUUAAUAAUGUUUUAAUAAUUUAGAAAAAUCCAAUUAACCAAAAUCAGACUUUUUGUAGUAAGAGACAUCUGAUGUUUGCAACAUUCUUUGCAACAUCUUUCUAUAUCAUCUACAGACAAAAAGAAACUAUUAUAUUAAUAAUCUAUUAAAUAAUUAAAUAAAUAAUUAAUUAAUUAAUUAUCUGUUAUUAAAAUCAGUUCAACAUUAUUAAGUUUAAUUGGUAAGGUGUCUGCACAGUGGGUUUUGCCAUUUUAUUUUUUUUUCUUUCUAAAAUAAAUAGGAUUUGCAUUUUAUGGUAUCAUAAAUCGAUCAUAAAUUAUGUAAAAUAUAUUUUUCUAUUAGAUUGCUUUCUGAAACUCAAAGCACUUUGACUAUUUUGACCACUCGCUUAUGAAC